AUGGUCGACGACGACGCGCCGCCGGGGACGGCGCCGACGUUCCUGCCCCCGCCCGCCCCCCCACCGGGGAUGCAAGCGCCCGCGUUCCUCCCCCCGCCCGCGGCGCCCGGUCAACUCGGCGUCGGCGCGCUGCCCAUCGCAGGGAUGCAUCCGUCCCACGCGUCCGCGCCGUUCCCCGGCGUCGUCGUCGGCGCGCCCGCGACCGCGCCCACGCCCGCGCCGCCGGGGUACCCCGACUACUCGCGUCUCCACGCGAUCGCCGCGGAGAUCGAUCUGGACGCGCUCGAGGACGACGGCUCGUUCAACCCGCUGUUAGAUCCGAACUACGCGUCGCUGCAGCUCGCGGUCGCGCAGGCUACGGAGCGAGACCCGGACGGCGCCGCGGCGUGGUACCAGUCCCUGUGCGACGACGGCCCUCGCGCGAUGGCGAAGAAGAUCGUGGAGGGGAUCGUGCCGGGGAUGAUGCCGGGGAUGGGCGCCGCGAGGGUGGGGGGGAUGGCGCGAGCGGUCCCGGGCGGCGCGGCGGCGGCGGCGGCGGCGGCGGAUUUGCCGCAGCGACCGAACGCCGCGCACUGCAUAGAGUUUCAGAAGACGGGAGGGUGUUCGUACGGGAAGGAGUGUCCGUAUCACCAUCCCAUAGGCGGCGUGUGA